UUUACAUUGGGCUUGUUAUACCAAUUGUCACUUUCGCAACACGAUUUAUUAAGUCUUACUCUCUGUUGAACUCAUCGACUUCAUCCUAGAUACUGAAUACCGAACCACGACUCCUAGAAACAGGUGAGGAUUCGUUUGGUCCCUUAAAUCCUAUCACUGCAGGUAUUUUUACACCUUCGAUUUUUCAAUGAUUCUUUUUUAAGCAGAUCUUAAGGGCAUUUCGUUGGAGUUUUCUCAUCUUUUCUCCCGUGUAUUUAAAGCAUCUCUCAGCUAGCCUAAUUUUGUUUCGCUGAAAACCUAUAAAUGAAGAAAACUCUGAGAGAACUGAGAAAAGGGAACUACUUUAAAGAGUUAAGUAGGCUAUCCAUGUCAAGGAUUCACAACACUAUGCACCGAAUUACAUAAUUAUGCAUUCAGAUCUAGGUUUUUUUUUAAAUUUCUUUUUGCAGUUCAUUUUUCACCAUAAGGAACAUUAUUAACCUCCCUCUCCUCGUUAAAUCUUCUUUUCUCACAAACGACGUUCGUGAGAGACGUUCGUGAAGAAAGCGUUAUGAACGUCUAAGUGGAAGGCUUGGAACGUUACCAGUUUAAUUUAACUGUCAUCCUCUAUCGUAAGCUCUUAUGAUCCGUUAUUUUUUUACGCGCGCAGUCAUCUGCGCCGUAGCUAGAUGUACGUUGAAUUUCAAAACAAAAAGCGCCUCUGUGAAUGUCCAGAUGAACUACUAUAAGCCUCUUGACUAAUAGUGUGCAUAUUAAUUCCAGAAAAGAGUGACAAUUUAGUUGCACCUUAAAAGAGCCAUCGUUUUCUGAGCAAAAAGAUAAUACAACAAAGUUGUAAAAAUGAGCGCUACAAUUCCAGCUACUGGCAAGAACUCCUGUGGUAUUAUUGGUUAUUUUGAUACAGGUUGUGAAUGGUAUUAGAGGAUCGAGCAUUAUAUUCGCGGGUUUGUCAAAAUGAUGAGCUCUAGAACCAUCUAAUUAAACAUUUAUAGACAUAAAUAACUGAUUAUUUAGUUUGUCUUCUUCUAUUUGUGGCAGCCAUUUAUAACGGGUGAUUUUGUCGUGAGUCAAAUAAACAUGUGGGCCGUUACUUAAAUGUGCCAUUCGACAGUAUCGGUGGCAAAGUUGAUAGACCUGAUGAGCGACUUCAAAAUCGAAUUUAAUGCAGGAGCAUUAUAUUGUUUACUAAUAAGGAAUUCGACGGGUGACCGGCAAAACCCUGCACGCUAUAGCUAACUUCGUGGCUGAUUGAACUCGUAAGGCUCAUCUGAUGAAACUGUAUGGUUAUCAAUCUCAUAUCAAGGUGAUGUUACACGAUGGUCGGUUGCUAGGGUUAAGGUUCUUAAAUUCAAUUUUUGGCCCACAGAGGAGUAGUUUAGUUUCCAAAUGAAGCACGACAUUCGAUCAUCUUAAUUAAAGAAAAUUCUUCUUUAAAUUUUUACUAUUGUAAAGGUCAUUUUUGACGUUUCUCAGUAUGACGUCUAUUUUAAGUAACAACAUUUUUUAAAAAAAUUGAAAAGCAGUGUUAAAAACGUUACAGGCAUUUUGCUACGAAAAAAGAAUAUUUAUAGCGAAUACUCCAUCUCAAUCGAAAAAAAUGGCGUAAAGUUACAACUAAUUAAAGAAAUUCAAAUUUCCCGCGACAUGACCAUAUACGGUCAAACUUUAGGGGUACUUAAACGCGAAAACAAUGAAUGAAGCUCGCAACGGUUGUGAUAAACUGACAUUUUUUCGGCACUCUGCUGAACGUAACUCAGUCCACCUCUGAUGAAGUUUAUUUUUGGGUGCUACUGAUAAAGAAGGCUUCUCCACUGGUAAACGAUGCUUUUUAGUGUUAAUGAUAUGUGAAAUAAAUCAUACGUGAACUGAUGCGGAAAUGAAAUGAAAAUGAAGAAAUGAUCGUCGCAGUCAUUUUCGAUGCCUUUUAGUGUCGUUUACUGAUGGGGUCGGCGAGAAGGAGAGGAACUCCACCAAAAUCAGCCAGUUAAACUUACAAGGUUUAUUUUACAUUGUUCCUGAUGUUCUUCUCUUUCUCUAUCUAUCUAUAACUGCUUACCCUUUUCUUCCUUCAGUUCCUUAGCAGCUCGCUAUUUAUUUGUUUGAUGGUCAUUGAUAAUAGGUUUACAUAUAAUGCGUAGGAUGUUGAUCUGCCAACAAAAACGAGCCACAAACUUAUGCUUCCUUAUAUAGUUAAUUACUAAAAAGGUCGAAAUGUUCGUUUAAAAGAUAACUAUCUUCCGAGGGAUGUCAAAUUUGGAAACAAGAUGUCCCACUCUCAAAAAACACACUGUUAGUAUUUAUGUUUCUGCAUGCAAAGCUUAUUGGUAAAUUGGUUAUUCAUUAUGGUGCAAUUUUAAAGGUAAACACUUAGGAUGCUCUAGAACCUUAAAAGCCUAAUGAUCGGAUAUUUAUUUAUCGAACUUUUAUUAACUUCCCAUAUAUCUUCAAAAUCGGGAAGAUAAGUCCUGUAACAGUUGCAUAAAAUCAAAAUUGUAGUUUUUGUAACUACUGCCCAUGCGCCAGUAGUCACUAUUGCCAUCGAGUUAGUUUUCCAAAAGUAAGUAACAAUAGAAUAUCCUGCGGAGUCAAUCAGCAUACAAGGAUAACCAGUUUUCGGAAUCUUUCGUCGAUGGUCCUCGAUGACAAACGAAAUGCUCGGCUACCUCGUGGUCUGCUUGAUAUCUAGUGUAACCCAAUGAAAAGACGAUGAAAGCGGAAUCAUUUCUUCAGAAGCGUAUGUUCACUUCUCAUCUUUAAAAUAAGUCCAGAAACCACGAUAUUUGUAUAACAGGUUUCUCCUCUCCAAAUAAACUCCUGUGAAAACGUCAUCGUUACUUUGUGUAAUGAAAUUUUGGAGUGGACUUUCGGUCACGUGCUUGGCAACGAAGUAGUUCACAGGAUCAUGUUUCACCAAGGAUGUUCAUUUUCCAGGCAAAUGACACGCGAAAAAACAGAAUAUUUUUUAGUUUUUGUUCUUUAAAAACUCUAUAUAUUAAAUGAUGUUUCUGUUAUUACAAUUUAUCAAACUGAAAGCACAGUCAUGGUAAGCAAUUUCUGAGGUUCCUCUCAGUUCUGGUGAGUCUUCCAACGCAAUGUCACGAAAGAUCAAAAGUCUUACGAAAAUCUUCUUACGGCUGCAAAGGAGACUAGUCCAUUUGCGGUGCAAUGUAAAAAGGACACGGUGGAGUGACUACGUGUCCCGCGUUGACCUUUCGCUAUCAUUUCUAUCGUCAGGCAAAAAUAAAAAAAGACAAAAACAAAAAACAAUCAUAACAUUGCCAAUUUGUUGAUCAUUCUUCAUCAUUUGACGAAGUUGCACGCAUUCAUCGGAAAGGUUAAAAAUGCGUUACGAAUCAUUGAGAAACGUUGCAAUGCAUUUUAAAGCAUUCAAAUGCGUUAAAAAUGUAUUUCACUCUUCAGCAGUAGUCACACUCCUACUUUUUGAGCUAAGGAUGUGUGUGUGUGUUUUUUUUUUUUUUAAUAUUACUUAUUAAACAAAAGUACGUUACAAUACUUACAAUUGUGCACUUAGAUAAAUGUUCCUGUAUUGGCCAUCAAAAUACUUCUAUCGAUUACACAUAUUAAAGCUAAUGUAUUACAUUAAUAUACAUAUAAAGCUGAGAGGAGGGUGGCACUAUCAUGUCAAACUUCUAUUUCAAGCUGCAUAAUAAAUUUAGAUAUAAAUUCAGAGGUGUCUGUUUUCUUUUGCAAUGAUUUACAUCCAUAGUGGUACUGCUUUACAUAUAGCAGAAGAAGACACAAAUCCUUGGUUUGUUUAUUGGAAAGAUUGAAAGCUAGGGUUGGUAAAUUGAGAAAAACUUGAAGCGGCGUGAGUUUAAUAUUGGUUUUGUGAGAUAUAUUGAACCACUGAAGGGAUUCGUCACAUAAUUUCAGAAAAGAGCGACAUUCAAAGAAAGUAUGUUCUAUAGAAUCGUUUUCGCCACAUCCGGAAGGGGAAUGCCCCUGCAGAGUUGAUCUUGGCGUAUUUUGAGGGCUAACAAUUCAACUGAUAGAACAAACAACAGAGGGUUCAGAGGGCACCCUUGACGGAAGCCACGAGAAACUUGGAAAUAGUUGGUCAUAAAUCCAGCAUUCAGCACGCCACUUUCAACAUUGUUGUAAAGAAUGGAUAUCCAUUUCCUGAUAUUUGGGCCGAAGUUGUAUAGUUCAAUACACUUGUGAAUAAAAUUCCACUCAAUAGUGUCAAAAGCCUUUCGAAAAUCAAUGAAUAGAAGGAUACCUGGGAGUUUUUUAGCAUCUGCGUAUUCUAUGAUGUCAUUCAAAAGCCGAACAUUUUGGCCAAUGAAUCUACCUUUAACAAAGCCUGUUUGAUCAGUAUGUAUGAGCGAAGAUAAGGUUGACUCAAUUCUUUGACCAAUAACUUUUACCAGGAUUUUAUAAUCAACAUUAAGUAGAGUUAGUGGACGCCAGUUAGACGUAUUUAUCUAUUGAGUGAAGAGUAGUAUUCCAGUCACCAACAAUAAUAACUUUGGACGUGUUUGUGUUAGAAACAAUAACAGUGCAUAAAUUCUGAAUAAAACAACAUUGGUUUUGAGGGUCACAAGGAGCGUACACAGAGGCUAAAAAAAGAUCCUCAUCGCCCUCCCUAAUUUUAACAAUGACUAGUCUACCAUCUGGAUCAAUAAGCUGGACGCUAGAUGAAAACAAAGAAUUUGGUCUCUGUAAUAUGCAAGUACCUUCAGAGUGUUCUGUACCGUGUGAGAAAAAUACUUUCCCACCCCAUUCUGUAGCCCAAGAGACUUCGUCUCCUUUCAGUGAGAAUGUUUCCUGGAGACAAUAGAAAUCAGCUUUUUGAUUCUUUAGAUACGAAAAUAAUGCCCUUCGUUUGACAUGAUUGCGUAAUCCCCUUACAUUCAGUGAUAGGAAUUUGAUAAGUGUCAUACUGUAUUAUCACCUAAAAUCUUACACCUAAACUUAAAUGCACAAUAGUUAUGCUAAUAUUAGGUUACGUUAACUAAACUCAACAGCAACGAAUUAAUCAAGAAAAAGAAAACAAACAAAGAAAAAGCAACAGAAUAGAUUAAUAAGAAAAAGCAAAAAGAAAAACCUAACUUUACAACAAAAACUAAUAAAGUACAAAAGUUUUUUCAAAAAAAUACGCUUAAGAGACUAACCUUCGUACAAUCUAAGCCUAUGGCGAAAUCGACCUCCCGUAAUUAUUGCAUGGAUGUUUGUUAAGCAUUUAUAAUUCAUCAAAAUCAUCUUCAGAGUAAAUUCUAACAGGAUUACCUGAUGGUGAAGGAUAAAGCUAAGGAUGUGUGGUGUUAUGACGCUUAUUUUGUCACGAAUAGGUGGUUUCACGUUACGUCAUCGCCGCCAUGCUGGUGGACGAUAAACAAAAGAUUGCUCAUUAGCUCGUUUUGUUUGUCCACCAGCAUUUGUUCAUUUGACCAUUGUUAUUUGUGUCUCCCGAGAUUGCAUGAAAACCAUCUAUUACGUCAAAGAGACUGUGACGCAGCUCGAGAAAGACAAAACGGCCCUGGCCGAUCAGUAUACUUUGGUCACUCCUUUACCUUAUUUAUAUAAAUGACUUUCACAAUUGCUCAAAACUACAAGAUUUUCACCUCUUUGCAGAUGAUGCAAAUUUAUUCUUUAAGCAAAAGGACCUUAAACUUGAAAGCGAAAUUAACAGUGAACUUGCUAAAGCAUAUAUUUGGCUAUCUGCAAAUACGCUUUCACCAAAUAUUGAAAAGUCAAAUUUAAUGUUUUUUUUCAUCCAGUACAAAAACGAAUUCCCAAAAAGGUUAUACUAUUUAUAAAUAAUCAAUCAUUAACUGAAGAAACUUCCAUUAGAUACCUUGAAGUUUAUCUUUACCUGGAUUUAUGAAAUCCGGGUUAGAAACAUUUUGUAAUUUCUCUCAACUUCCACUGUCUUAGCUUGUUUAUGUGUUGUUUGCUUAAUGUCAGUUUUUUGGUUGUUUUGUGUUAGGGAUUUGUGUAGAAGUGGCUGUAGACAGAAUUUCGCGAACUUCUAUCUAACCACCUCCCCUCUCCCUCUCUCUUUGGUUAUUUUUUACGCCCCUACCCACAAUUCCCUGUCUAACACAAGCGACAACUAUUUGAAGUCAGUACGAGCGUAGAGCUGGUUUGGUGCCGUUUAGCAGUUCACAUUUCGUUAUUGGUCACCUUGAAGAAAGUUUCCCGAAGACCAUCAUGUAAAGCUAUGAGUUGGGACAAAGUUAAAACGAUUCGCAGAGUCUGCAUCGUCCAAUAUCGUAUUGUAUUGUAUUAUUGCGGCCGGUCUAUGCUGGUCUGCCAAACCGUGUGACCUUACAUCCGGGAACCUAAAUAAGACGAGUGUAAGAGGAAAGUCAAGAGGUGUUUAUCUGCCAAUAGGCUGAGUUUUUCCGAGUUAUUUGAUGAUAUUUCGCUUGUGUUAUGCGUGAAAAACUUAUGCGUGGUUGUGGAUAGUGACGUAUCAGUGCCGCGAAAGUGUGUGAUUGUGUGCGAUUUCCGCACGGUGUUGACAGGCAGAAUUCAGUCGGGUAUAUGGUCUAAUAGUUGAACUGUUGCACCAAAAUAUUCUGUGUGAGCGAUAAAAACUUUUCGUCGGUGUUUAGCUUAGCUGAUUGUGCCUUGAAAAACCAAUUCUCGAUUCAGGAAAAUUGGAUCUGGGUCAGUCUAGUUUCAGCGGGCUCUUGUAUGGCUUUGAUCCAUUUAGGCUGGUUUUUGCAGAAAAGAAUUGAAGGUGAAAAUUUGUGUACUAUGUUUCAGUUUGUUGUCUAUUCCAUACGAAAUCCUGUCGUUUAUCGGACCGCGAAAAAGUAUCGUUUUGCUAACUAUUAAAGUUGGCACGUAAACGUUAACCAGGUACUUUUUGGCUGCAGUUCACUCAACUUAAAAAUUCAGUCUAGACUGAAAUGACACCGGUUUGAAACUUCACGGAGUCAGAUUACUGAAUAAGUGUUCUAAAAUUUGCGUCAUUUUAAAUAAAGGAGUUCAAGCUCAUAGUUACAUCAUGGGUAAUCAGGGCAAGAUGGCGGGAAAUUAGAAGACUAUUAUUAAAAUUCAAAGCCAGCUAAUUGUUUUUGAUGCUCUCUCUCUUUGAAAAGAGUAACUUACGAAUUCAAAGAAACAAUACACUAAAUCUGGAGUGCAUAGAAGUCCAUGAUCAGUUUUUAGUUACUCUUCUUAAAGAGAAAGCAUCAAAUUUAUGAAUUCAGGAAGAAAUAGCUGGCUUUGAAUGCUUAUACAAAUCUUUCAGUUUCCUGCUAUCUUACCCUGAUUACCCAUGAUGCAACUAUGAGCGUGAACUCCUCUAUUUGGACUGGUUGGAAAUGCCUCUAAGGACCACGCCACUAACCUACUGCCCUACGUCAGAUAAUGGCUUUUAAUCGACCUUUGAAUGAUUUUUUUAUUGUUAUAAAUUGCCAAGUAGUCGGAAUCAGUUGACUUCUUGGCUAACCCGGUUUUCAAAAAUCCAGGUAUAUAUCGAUUCAAAUAUUAGUUGGAAGAGCCACAUUAACUAUAUUGCCAAAAAAAAAUCAAAAGAAGUAUAAGUAUUCUCUCUAAGCUUCGCUAUUUCCUAAACACAAAAACGUCUGUAUUACACCUUAGUACAGCUAUUCUUAAAGUAAUCUGUAAUAACCUGGGGUAAUCAUAUCAGUCAACUUUGCAACCUUUAUAUAAUUUGCAAAAGAAAGCUACCGUACAGUCACGAAUCACGUUAACUUUUGAAGUCAUCUGGUAAAUCACUUAGGUGAUGAACUGAUCAAGUCCAUCAAUGAUUCCUAGUGGUUGCUGGACUACUUAGGCAAGAGUUGGUCUGAAAUGACCGUGGGCCGGCGGUUGAAAGGAAACAAAAAGUAUGAUGAUCAAACUGACGAUUCCCUACUUUUUUUUUUUUUUUUUUAUUUUAUUUGACGGCUACAAAGUUGAAUGGCAAUGAAAGUUAUUGCUACAAAAUCGAAGCUCUCGCCCGUCUACUUUACCCGAUUCUGGGGUCACGAGCACUCUGACACUCGGCUCGCCAUUGCAACAAUGACUAAAAUUUGCUGAACCUGUGUUACAAAUUAGACAGGAAGCUUUCCUGAUUUCCAGUGCCGGAUCCAGACCUUGAGAUAAGGUGCGACCCCGCAGAUAAGGAGGGACCAUUAGAUAAGGAGGAGGGGACAGUCACCAAAGAAAGUUUGGUCUAAAAAUAAGGAGGCGGGGCCCCCGGGCCCCUCCCCUGGAUCCCCCACUGAUUUCAUUUUCCAAUAAGCCAACCUCUCAUUGGCAGAUACUUUGACAGAUGAUAACAACCUAUCAGAUCUACUUCUCAGCUCGUUUCAGUUACAGGUGGUCGCAGAGGUCAAGUACACCGGCGGAACAUGACAUUGGACUCGGUUACAUUAUAUAACAAUGACAAACAGAGACCUAUUUUGAACCAUCUUGACAGACAAUUUACAUGUACUUGUGUAGAGUUAUCCAAUCUUCACGAAAUCAUCGGUGGAAAUCUCGAUUCACACGAACUGAAAUGUUAGAAGGUCACGCGGCACAGUGAAUUUAUAAUUCACGAAUUACGGCUAUAAUUCACGAGUUUUCUCCGAUUCACGCUCUGGUUACCGGUCAAUUCACAGAUCACGCGAAACCCCUUCCAGACCCUGACCAAGUGCAAAAACAAAAGACGAUAUCGAUGCGAAUCGCUUAUGGUUUACUUAUUUUGUUCGAUGUUCUAAGUAGAAAACUAGGCUUCUCCAGUAACUGCGUUUCUUAAGGUUUUUAAAUCACUGAGGAGAUAUAAGGAGUAGGUUUAACUAUGGCACAAAUAAGCUUAAAGCCGACAUUUUGCGACGCCGCCACUGGUUUCCCCGCGAAAUGACGUCUGAGAAACAAGCGCAGAAAUUCCAUCCUGAUGACGUGUCACCAACCAGAUCUGGGUAGUGUUUCAGAUUGGUUGAGGCAAAUAUUCCACGCAGCACGACCAAUCAGGAGCACUAUCGAGAUCUGAGUAGUGCCGUGUCAUCAGUAUGGAAUAUCUCUGCCCGUUUCUCAGACGUCAUUUCGCGGGGAAACCAAUGGUGGUGUCGCAAAUUUUUGCCUGUUUUCUCAGACUAGUUUUUUUUUUUUUUUUUUUUUUUUUCGCAACGAAGAGGAGUUAGUAGGGUAUAAUUAGGUAAGACACUUUUUCAGCGACUUCGAAAGCAAACAACUAAGGUUCGUGAGUGAGGUUUUCGGUUUUCUUUCCUCUUUUUUUAUUCUCAGCUCGGUAAUUUCUUUUUUAUUCAGGGGGCUUUCAAAUAAACGGCGUCCAAGGGAUGGCGAUUCAUUUCGGCUGUUAUGAGCUAAUGAUUUGUUUCUAACCUUUGACUCUUAUCAUGGAAAAUUUGCUGUACAGCUGUAUACAGCUUGUUUAUGAUCACGAAACGGCUCAUAACAAUCUUGUAACGUACUUAAAACAUGAAAAGAGGCUACUGAACUGACAGGACAUCAGAAAAGAAUGAGUGCGCGUUUUAACCAAAUACUUUUCUAUACUUUAGCGGGGAGUUCCAGACAUGACGGCAAGAAUCGUCUUCCGUAUCUCAAUUGUGGCUCUCCUGGUCUACAGCGCAAUAACUCAAAAAUGUCCUGCAAGUGGAAGAACCGAGAGCUCCAUCCUUGGCUGGAUGUUGCGAGGACACGUAUACGACACUCUUCUAGCGGAACUUCCCUUUACGUGCGUAUUCGAGUGUCGCGAAGACAAUCGAUGCCAAAGUUUUAACUGGGUAAUCUCUCUUCUCACCUGUGAAUUUAACAACAGGACAAAGGAAGCUAGGCCAGAGGACUUCAUUAAAAACCCAGAGAGAUCUUACUAUCCACGCGAUUUAAAGCGAGGUGAGCCAGUAUACCAGGGAGGGGGGAUUCCCUAUAAUGGCCUAUACGGGGAUGAUAAGACUGGAAGUGGACUAAUUAAAAUUUUGCUUGAACUUCGCUUGAACAUUUAAGCUCAAAUCUGUCUUUUGGAGUAAAUUGAAGACCGAUGCUCAGAUGUCAAUAAAAGCAAAGGUGGAAGUUCCACGGGAAAGGCUUUUUAGUAACAAAUUUAUCUGGGAACUUUUAAAGUCCUUGUGGCGAGUACGAGAACUGAAUUUUGACAGCCGUGUUUUCAAAAUUAGCAUUUUCUCUUAAAACUGAGGUUUUAUUUUUGUUUUUACUAAUCGUAUCAUUAUAGUUAUCACUUACUUUAGCAUUAUUUACCUAUUAUAAGUCACAUUUAUUAACAGCAUGGACGCAAGUGGUGCCAAAAACAAAAUUUGCUGGGUUCGAUUGUUGGAAGAGCUUCUUUUGCUUUUACUUUUACAGUUAUUAUUUGUUUGUUUAUAUAUUGUAGAUUUCAUAUUUGUAUAUUUUCUAUUCCCAACUGACCUUUUUCACUUUCCUUUUCCUUGUUGCCGUUAGCCCCUAGGGCUUCCCACACCCCCCUCCCCUCUUCCUCUCUCUCCGACUUCCCACUUCGGCAUUAAGUAAAAUGUAUGCAGGGUAAAAGCACACUGAUAAAUUAACAUAGAUCUGUUUCUGACCUUUUAGUUCCCCUUGGUUCGAUUCAAGAAUUGCCAGCUGAGACUUGUGACGAAAUAAAGAGGAGUGAAGGACAGGCUGUUAGCGGGAAAUACUGGUUUUCCACCAUAAAACCUGAUACAUCUGUUCUGGCUUAUUGCAAUAUGAAGACCACCGGUGAGUUUCGUCAGUUAUAUAAUCGGCGAUUGAUUUAGCUUUUCUUCAAUUUUUCACCACGCCGCAUCGCUGGCAAAAGACAAAACUUGACAAAGAAAUUUUUAUCAAAAACUCACAUGUUAGAUAGGAUGAUUGCUCUUUGGGUCUUAUAUUAGGGUUAAUGCUCUUCAAUAAUGUUUGUUUGAAUGUGUAGACAUUGACGAAUGCAGUGCUUCUUCUCAUGUGUGUGACAUUAAUGCCAACUGCUUCAAUACUCGUGGAUCUUAUUACUGCACCUGUAAGGCAGGAUACACUGGCGACGGAAAAACUUGCCAAGGUAAAAUAAGAUACUUUAGCUAAUUUCAACAGGACCAGUUGAAUAUUUCCAUUAAGAAAGUGUUUUUUUUUUUUUUUCAUGUUGUUCUUCUUAGACAAUGACGAAUGCAGUGUUUCCCCUUCUGUGUGUGACAUCAACGCCAACUGCUCCAAUACUCGUGGAUCGUAUUACUGCACUUGUAAGGCCGGAUUUACAGGCGAUGGAAAAAAAUGCCAAGGUAGGAGAAAAUACUUUAGCUAAGAAGUUAGAUUACUGCUGUACCAUCAGAGGUGGCAGUUUCGUAGAGACGUGUGAUAUCAUUUAAGAUGGCGGCUAAUAAUGAGAUCGCGGCAAUCCAUCGAAUCCGGGUUCCUCUCUGGUACCUGGACGCUUGUGUUUUCUACUCAAUUCGUUGUUCAGGUUUAAAAUCCUACACUUGUUUUCUCUGUAAAAGAAGGAAAGGGAUGUAGGAUGUUUCGUGUAACUGUUUACACGAAGUAAUACAUAUGUAUACAUUGGGGAGUGUUACAUGAUCUCGGGGGCGGGUAAGCUGUAAGGUCGGCCAUAUCAUGUUGCAUUAAAAGUAAUUCUGUUUUGGCUCAAUCCGUGUCCAUCGUGCUAUAAAUGCCCCACCUUGCACGUGCACAUUCAUUGUACGCUUUUACCCAGUACUUCUGCUACAGUCGAACAGUCGAAACAAAAUUUAAGAAAACGGCCAUGGUUUUCAGCAAACGACGAUUUUAUUCAUGUACGCAAAACAACAAUAGAAAAAUAACAAAAAUCCAAAAACUCAAACAGUGAAAAGAACGUCUUUCCGGCUAAAUAAGAAACUAAACAAGCUACCUAUAACGGACUACGCUAAAGUAGAAAAUAAAGAACAAAACGGUGGCAACCACACGCAAGCCAUGACAGCUCCACUUUUCAGGCAUUUAAAUAAACACGGAUACGAGUUUUCCAUGAUAACAACAAGGACUUCAAGUCACGUCAUUCUUUUGUUGGAGGAGAAAGAGGUCCGGUUGCUCUCUUUAAGUCUUUCGUCGAGCAAAGACCUCUAUUAAAACAUCCAUGCGAUGGUCUGUUUCUUUCUUCCUCGGUAGCAAACGAACCGAAAAUUUAAAGAUCUAGUUCAAACUAAACCACUCCUGUGCGAAAAUACCAGAACUAACAUUUUAAUGAAAGUGUCCGUAAGUGGUAGUACUAGCCUUAAAGAAAGUGAGAAAAAAGUUUACGAAUCAUGGUGUAAGGAAAACAACAGUCAGCAGGCUGAAGAAAGCAAACCUGAUAUAUUGUAACUUCAGAAUAUAUCGCCACUGCCAAACGCCACAGAGGUAUAAAUUUCCUCAACGACUACGAUGAAGCCAACGAAGAAGAGCGACGAUGACUCUCUCUUGCAAUAUCCAAAUGAAUAAUAAAAACCCCAGCGCUGAGAAAAAACAAAUAUUAUAUUAAUACUAGCGGGAGUUUCGGACAUCACAACAACUGUGCCUCCACUCACCCAUCUAAAAAUGGCCGCAAAAGCCUGAAAUCAGCGUAAUCAAAAGAACAACGAGAAAGCGUUCAUACGUUGGAACCACGGGAAAAGUCGCACUAACCUCCGCUUACUUUUUAACCCGGUUUUCUAAACACCUCUUUGCAAAUUAUUAACGAACAUAAGUACAUACGUUAACUCAGGGCACGCUUACGACCCUUUUUGCAAGUUCCUUUUUCAAACAUUUUUUUUUGCCUUGCCAGUGUACGUCAAUUACCCAACUACACCGCAGUAUAUUCUUUUUCAACAAGCUUCGUUAACUAGACUAGUCAUGUUGUUUGACAAGAAGCCUCGCGCUCUGUGUGCCUACUUUUUAGACUUGGACUAAUGUACCACUGGUUCCCAUUCCUGUGACGUCAAUUCCGUUUGCAAGAAUACCGUGGGUUCAUACAAAUGCUCGUGUAAUGCUGGGUACACAGGAGAUGGAAAACCUUGCAAUGGUAUUUGAGAUACAAUUGAUCCUCCAUGUGCGACCACCUCUCCUAAGCGAUCCAUAAGUCGAGAUGGAGCUACACAUAUCGUAACUUUGAAAUUGCACACAAUAAAUUGUUUUUCAAAGAGACGACCUACUCUAAUCUGAAGGUUCUUAAACAAGACGCCGAAACCAUUGAAGGUGCAAUGUUUGUGUGCAAAAGCUCAACACUGUCAUGUCAUUUUGGAAAAAAGCCUAAAACCAUACUUGUUAAAACAUAAAAACAACAAACAAACAAGAACAAAAAAAAUGGAUACAUUCACCUUAGCGACCAGAUGUAAACCAUCAGGUAGAUUUAAUAUUAGUUAUUCUAACGCUUUACGUAACUUACAAUUCUCAUGCAGAUAUCGACGAGUGUUCUGUCAACUCUCACAGCUGUGACGUUAAUGCGGUUUGCAGCAAUACUGUUGGAUCGUACGCAUGCGCAUGUAAAGCAGGAUUCACAGGCGAUGGAAAAACAUGCUCUGGUAGGCUGUUGCGGUGUUGUAAAACACGCUUCCAAAACAAUGUGUGUGCCUGUAUUUUUUGUAUUCGAUCUUUACAUUUAAACAUGUACAAGAUGAUCGGAAUAUAACCUCAAUGGUUCGAAAUAACAAUUACAGUAAAACUAGAAAUACAUAUCUCUCGCAAAAUUUCACUAAACUCGGUCUUGCACAAUUGUCAAGCCCAGCCGGUUAGAAAAUGAUUGGGUGACCAGGCUCUAAUCUGUCGUUAGACCUGUGACUCCUUUCUCUCCUGUCUUUCUUUAUUCUAUUUGAUUUUUAAAUGCGUAUUUUAAAGCAUGUUCAGCAUUAUUUCGGCUUAACCUCAAAUCAAAGAUAGAUUUUGGGGACGUUCAAGGUUUUUUUCCGUAAAACCCAAACUGAAACGCACGUCCGACAAACAUAUCUUAACGAAAUUGAUCUGUAGUAUGCCAACCGAGCAAACGGGGUACUUUGCUGUUAUAUUUAAUAAAAAUUCGAAUUGAAUCGUUAUGCAUUUCAGAAAGGAAAUUUACUCCCUCGAAUACUCCUUCUUACUAUAGCUGUUCUGAUAUAGAGCUAAGAGGAAGUCUCACGUAUAAGCUAUCGUGAGACGUCCUCGCCUUUUGAGAUUCUUUCCUUUCGAAUUGUGUUUAUUACGUGUAAUUUAAUGUUUCCCCCUCCGUUUAUAUGUAAAGAAGGCAAAACAAAUCGGAUUACCUAUAGUAUAUAGUUAAGCAGGGUUAACGCAUACAGAAAAUGAGAGGAAAUGACCUUAUUGAUCUUGAUUUUGCUGCAUCACUAAAAAAGAAGGCUUCCUCACUUUUUGAGCCGUUUGAGUUUAAUUACGUUUGUAUGAUAUGUUCGCUUUUAGAUUGAACAGCAACGACAGCAAUGCAAGAGUCUUUUGUGCUCUUCUCGCUUUCUACAGUUAAAGUUUUGGUUUGGCAGGAGUUUAAAUUAAUUUUAAUAUUGACCUUAUGUAGAAAGCAAAUAGAAAAGCGGAGCCAAGCAUCCAGUUUAUAUUAUCGGAUACGUGGAGCGAUGGUGAUUGUUCAAACCUGCGAUCAUUUUUUUAGGCCUAAUAAUAUACACGAAAAAAACUACUCAAUACCUAUUGGCUGAGAAAGGAGUGCAUUUCUUCUGUUACACGAGUGCAAAUUUGUAACACAAGUGCACAUUACAAAUGGUUUCUGAUUGGCUGAAAACAAAAAAGAAACCAGCAAGAACCAAUCAGAUUAGAGCUGUUUUAACAACAAAAUUUAAGAAAACGGCCAUGGUGUUUAGCAAACGACGAUUUGAUUUCAUGUACGCAAAACAACAAUAGAAAAGUUAAAAAAAAAUUCCAAAAACUCAAACAGUGAAAAGAACGUCUUUCCGGCUAAAUGAGAAACUAAACAAGCUACUUAUAACGGACUAGGCUAAAGUAGAAAAUAAAGAACAAAAACGGUGGCAAACACACGCAAGCCAUGACAGCUCCACUUUUCAGGCAUUUAAAUGAACACGGAUACAAGUUUUCCAUGAUAACAACAAGGACUUCAAGUCACGUCAUUCUUUUGUUGGAGGAGAAAGAGGUCCGGUUGCUCUCUUUAAGUCUUUUGUCGAGCAAAGACCUCUAUUAAAGCAUCCAUGCGAUGGUCUGUUUCUUUCUUCCUCGGUAGCAAACGAAACCGAAAAUUUAAAGAUCUGGUUCAAACUAAACCAAUGUGCGAAAAUACCAUCCGGCUAACAUUUUAAUGAAAGUGUCCCGUAAGUGGUAGUACUAGCCUUAAAGAAAGUGAACGAAAGUGAACGAAUCAUGGUGUAAGGAAAACAACAGUCAGCAAGCUGAAGAAAGCAAACCUGAUAAAUUGUAACUUCAGAAUAUAUCGCCACUGUCAAAGGCCACAGAGGUAUAAAUUUCCUCAACGACUACUAUGAAGCCGACGAAGAAGAGCGACGAUGACUCCCUCUUGCAAUAUCCAAAUGAAUAAUAAAAACCCCAGCGCUGAGAAAAAACAAAUAUUAUAUUAAUACUGGUGGGAGUUUCCGACAUCACAACAACUGUGGCUCCACUCACCCAUCGGCGAUGGCAGCGUCGAAAGAAAACAAAUGAGGAUGAUAACAAAAUUAUUUUCCACUAAAAACUAAACGCAGCAAAACGGUUUACAAACUCAUCAAAAUAGCCAACAAAACUGUUUACUUGAGAUGUACUUGUCGACUUUUUAAUGUCCUUUGAAAAAACUCAAUGCUUCGCAUGUCUUUUGUUUGACUAUCCACAGAGGUCCAAAAAGCAAGUUACAAGCGAUUCUGAAGAUUCACACCCGUACACUCCUUAGCUCAUAAACAUCAAGACUUCAUAUCAAACAUAAAAAACCUUCAAAGAACGCUUGAAUCGGUUAUGCAAAUUGUUUAAAUUCAACCACUUAUUAGUACUUAGCCUUUUGAAUGAAUGAAUGGUCAGGAGCACGAAUACUGAGUGCAGGUAAGGUGUCUCUCCCAACUUUAUAAACUUUUAAUUAUUAUUAUCACUCAUUUUUUCAGACGUAGACGAAUGCACAGCAGGUACCCAUGAUUGUCAUACGUCAGCUACUUGCACGAAUACCAAAGGUUCUUUUACUUGUUCCUGUAACCCUGGUUACACGGGCGACGGCAAAACCUGUAGCAUCGGUAAGCUGUCUUACCCUACUAGGAAGUAAAUCUCUCUGGAUUGCUUGUGUUGUAAAUCUACCUUUGUAUUCCUUAAAAAAACACACUGGCUAGUAAGUACACUUCGAUGAUCAAUGCUCGUAAAAGGAUAAAGAAAAAGAAAUGAAAAUGUAAUUGGGAGCUGGAGGCACGUUGAUUGGUAGGAGCUGCAGGUAAAGUGUCUCCUAAUUGGUCGCAUGAAACAAUGAUAUUUCAUUCUUCCAAUUGUUUUAGUAAUAAUUAUUGUUUGGGGUCAGGGAAACGCACCAUUAAUGACUUCUCUUCCGAGCAGCUGACAAUUGAUUCCACGGCUGCCAUACUUCACAAUAACAUAUCAUAAUGCCUUCAAACUCAACAGUUCUGUAGUACACGAAAAGCCAUACUACCAAAUCCAAAUUAUUCAUUCAUUGGAGUCUUAAGAUCCAAGGACGGCGUCACCUUUUUCCCUUUCGCCGAUGAUCGUUGCCACUAUUUUUACCACUGAUAACCUAGCCUUUAUGUAAUAAAUUCCCUGAAGGCGAAUAAUGUUUUUUUAAUUAGUUCUAGAAAGAGCGUACCAUGCGACAAGUCUCCGUGCUGCGAGCCAAAUUUUAAUAAGACGAAGGACUUCUUCGAAAGUUGAAGAUAAUACUUGAGAAUGUAAGCAAUAAAUCUCCGCCGGCGGUCCGGUCCGGAAGGAAAUCAUGAUAUAAUGUGACAGUUCUAUUGUCUUUAAAAGAGAAAAAACAGAUAACGCUCGAGAGUGCGCAUAAUCGGAGCGCUGUCCCUUUAAGCGAUUGUUUUCCUAACUUGUCUCUAAGGUGUGUUAGGAAUGCCAGUACACCAGACGACAACAAUCAAUGAAAAUCAAUCUUUGAUUUCAAUCAAUAUAAUCAAUAAAAAUCAAUAAGGAUCUAUUGAUUUAUAUUGAUUGGCUUAGCCAAUCAACAAAAACCGAUAAUUACUCACCGAUUAUGCAACAGUAAAAACCCUAGCCUCCCACGCAGACGUUCUUAGGGGUUCGUCACGCGUUCCUGUCCCACUAACGACGUUAGUAGAACAGGGAUGCGUAACGAACCCCUAAGAACGUCUGCGUGGGAGGCUAUAAAAACCCGGGUAGGCAUUAGCUUAAAUGCUCGUUAAACGUCGGUCGCAAGCACAACAAAACUGUUACGUCAUGUCUGUGGAAAUUUCCAUUUCUUGUGUAGUCAUGGAGCAUCACAUUGUCCUUAAAGUAAAGGAAGGGGAAGCGUUUUCCGUUUCCAAGAAGAGGGGACAACUGAGGGAAGAAUGAGGGGAGAACGAAGGGAACUGAGGCCAGCUUGGCCAUCUCCAAGCCGAUCUUGUCACCCCACUUUAUCCACAUCAAGUAGAUAUUUCCGCAUAAGUACAGUAAACGGAGAAGUAAAACAGUCUGUAGAAUAAUUUAAACAAAUCACACUACAGCCAAUAAAAUCGAUGUAAAUCAUGAAAAUCAAUGAAAAUCAAAAAUCACUCAAGACUGCGGCUUUGAUUUUUAUUGAUUUUCAACAUCAAUCAAUUAAUUGCUAUUGAUUUUUAUUAACUAUUAUUGAUGUUAUUGAUUAUUAAUUUUGACUGAAUAUUAAUGUUAUCGUCUGAUAGUACAAUGUACAAGCAUUUGUGGUACUAAAAGUCGAGGCCCCUGUGUGUCCUGUCAUGAUUGACUGUUCCUAGAGAUCAGCAAUGACGAGAUCAUUUUCGCUAUUCCCCUCUUUAUCUAACAUGGUAUCCGAUUCUUGACUCUCCUCUUCACUGCCCAACAACUCACUUCCGUUGUCUGGACUUUGAUGAUGAUGAUGAUGAUGAUGAUGAUGAUGAUGAUGAUGAUGAUGAUGAUGAUAAUAAUGAUGAUGAUAAUGGAAAUUUUAUAGCGAUCGGACAAGGAAAAAAACACUUUUAAGGCGAUUGAAAACUUUCGGUAUGGCCUCUGAAAAACUGUAUCGGAACACCUUAAUUAACGCACGGAAAAAGACAAAAACGAAUUCCGAAAAAUUGUUACACUUUGAUCUGAAAGAAUGUGACACGAAAAUGACUUCAUCUCACACUACACCUCUAAACUUGCACGUACACCUGCAGUCACACCUGUGCACCGGCAUAUUAAAGCCUCCGUAUGCCACUUGUUUCUUUAGUUCUAAUUAAGUGAGCUUUUAAGGUUUGUAACAGCGCAUGUUAUCUACCAUAAAACGAUGCUACAAGGCUGAAUCAGCAGACAUCCAUUUUGCAAAGUAUGUACCAGUGCGUGUCAACAUCAAGGAAGCAUAAAGUUCCUCCAAUAAACGCCAUAAAGGAUUUUUUUCACGCAACAACGAUCUGUUUUGUAAAGCAAGGAUAUCGUGCUCCUUCACUCCCAGUGAGCAGAUUCAACAGACCUUGGCAGAGUAAUUUAGACAACGUACAAAAAAUGGUUCUUUAAGGCUGAAAAACCUGAGUCUCUCUACCCUUUCUUUUGUUCAGCUAUCGCAAAAACAAAAACAAAAACACCAGCAAACAAACAAACAACCAUUAGGAAUAGUUGGGCACGUGAUUAAGUAAUUGUUUUUCCUCCUAGCUAACUGUGACUGCUGGCGCAGCCGGUCCAGAAGUCCUAGCAGAGGCUGGGGAUACUCGACUGAUCCUAGUGGCAGUGGAAGCGUUGACGCAAUCGAUUUCCAGACAAAUGGUGACGUCAUUUUGUUAGGGUACCGUCUGUGGGGAGUCAGCAGCGGUUCAACUAGUUACCAGGUCACCAUUCGCUUGUACCGUGGAAGCAACUUGAUCGCAGAAAAGACUGGGUCCUAUGCUACCAGUUCCAGUGUCAAGACAUUUGAGGUGCAUUUUUCCCAAGUGAUUUCGAUCCGCUCUGGUGUCACAUACACUGCAACAGCUAGAAUAGUUACAAGUACUUCUUCUUUUGCUCAUACGGAUGGCGUGGCAAGUGCCUCGUGUUCUGGGGUAACAGUAAACUUCAAGUCUAAAUCUUCAAAAGACUCAAACGGUUCUAGCCAGUCGAUAGGUCAAAUACCAGUUUUGAUUUUCCGUUCUUCUCGAUGCUAA